UUCCACAAUGUAGGUCUUCUAAAGCUGUUCACUAGAAAUAACCUGUUUUAAUUGGUGUGUAGUGAAUGAAAGAGAUAGAUGGGUAUCCGGACAUUCUGUCAGGAAAAUAAAUACAGUCUGAGUUAUUUCUGUGAAUAGUGGAGUCAUGCUGUCUGGAAGCAGUGAAAUAUUCCAAUCUCUUUGUCACCAGAGAAAUGAUGAGGAAGCUGUGGUGGAUAGGGGUGGGACUAGAUCUCUCCUAAAAACUAAUUUUGAAAAAGAAGAUUUGGAAGGCCAUCGAACACUGUUCAUUGGAGUACAUGUUCCUCUUGGUGGGAGGAAAAGUCAUCGGCGUCACAGACAUCGUGGUGGACACAAACACAGAAAGAGAGACAAAGAACGUGACUCUGGACUGGAAGAUGGACGUGAAUCACCUACAUAUGACACACCAUCACAAAGGGUACAGUUUAUUCUUGGAACAGAAGAUGAUGAUGAAGAACACAUUCCUCACGAUUUAUUCACAGAGCUGGAUGAAAUCUGCUUACGUGAAGGGGAUGAUGCUGAGUGGAGAGAGAUGGCAAGAUGGCUUAAAUUUGAAGAAGACGUAGAAGAUGGAGGAGAAAGAUGGAGCAAGCCAUAUGUCGCCACAUUGUCACUUCAUAGUUUGUUUGAGUUGAGAAGUUGUAUUCUGCAUGGUACGGUUCUACUAGACAUGAGAGCUAGCACAUUAGAGGAGAUUGCAGAUAUGAUUCUAGAUCAGCAAGUAGCCUCAGGACAACUGAGUGAGGAUGUCCGCCAAAGGGUACAUGACGCUUUGUUAAAACAACAUCACCAUCAAAAUCAAAAGAAGCUGAGCAAUAGAAUCCCAAUAGUGCGAUCUUUUGCAGACAUUGGCAAGAAACAAUCGGAGCCACAUUCUAUGGAUAAAAAUGCAGGUCAGCUUAUCUCUCCGCAGUCUGCUCCCUCCUGUAUUGAACAUAAAAAUGAUGUUAGCAGGGAAAACAGUACUCUUGAUGUUACUAAGUUUGACUUACAUUUUAUGAAAAAGAUUCCUCCGGGAGCAGAAGCUUCUAACAUUUUAGUUGGUGAACUGGAAUUUUUAGAUCGAGCAGUAGUUGCAUUUGUUAGACUAUCUCCAGCAGUCCUUCUUUCAGGGCUCACUGAAGUUCCCAUUCCAUCCAGAUUUUUGUUCAUACUUUUGGGACCACUUGGAAAGGGACAGCAAUACCAUGAGAUUGGUCGAUCAAUUGCUACGCUAAUGACCGAUGAGGUGUUCCAUGAUGUUGCUUACAAAGCUAAGGAUCGAAAUGAUUUAGUUUCGGGAAUUGAUGAAUUCCUUGAUCAGGUCACAGUGCUUCCUCCAGGAGAGUGGGAUCCCUCAAUUCGUAUUGAACCACCAAAAAAUGUUCCAUCACAGGAGAAACGUAAAAUUCCAGGAGUGCCAAAUGGCACAGCAGCACUGGGUGAACUGGAGGAGCACGAGGGACAUAGUGGGCCUGAGCUACAAAGGACUGGGAGAAUAUUUGGUGGACUUGUACUAGAUGUCAAGAGAAAGGCCCCAUUUUUCUGGAGUGACUUCAGAGACGCAUUUAGUUUGCAGUGCUUAGCUUCUUUUCUGUUUCUCUAUUGUGCAUGCAUGUCUCCUGUAAUCACCUUUGGAGGUCUUCUUGGUGAAGCAACUGAAGGUCGUAUAAGUGCAAUAGAAUCUCUCUUUGGAGCCUCAAUGACAGGCAUAGCAUUUUCUUUAUUUGGUGGACAACCCCUGACCAUCCUGGGGAGCACAGGACCAGUGCUUGUGUUUGAAAAGAUACUGUUCAAAUUUUGCAAGGAUUAUGGGCUGUCGUACCUGUCUUUAAGAGCAAGCAUAGGUCUCUGGACUUCCUUUUGGUGUAUUCUAUUGGUGGCCACUGAUGCAAGUUCCCUGGUCUGUUAUAUAACCCGAUUUACAGAAGAGGCAUUUGCGGCUCUGAUCUGCAUCAUUUUCAUUUAUGAGGCCUUAGAAAAGCUGUUUCAUCUAGGUGAGACAUAUCCAAUCAACAUGCAUAAUAAUUUGGAACUUCUAACACAGUAUUCGUGCAGUUGUGUAGAGCCCGUGAACCCAAGCAAUAAAACAUUAAACCUUUGGAAUGAAUAUAAUAUGACUGCAUCUGAAAUAUCCUGGAACAAUCUCACCACAACGGUUUGCAAUAAUUUUCAUGGAGAAUAUGUUGGUCGAGCCUGUGGACAUGAAGGUCCAUAUGUUCCUGAUGUCCUUUUCUGGUCAGUCAUCUUAUUUUUUUCAACUGUUGUGUUAUCAUCAACUCUGAAGCAAUUCAAAACAAGCCGAUAUUUCCCAACAAAGGUGCGCUCUAUUAUCAGUGACUUUGCUGUGUUCCUUACAAUUAUGACAAUGGUUUUACUUGACUACGGUAUUGGCGUUCCAUCACCAAAGCUUCAGGUUCCCAACGCUUUCAAGCCCACAAGAGAUGACCGAGGUUGGAUUGUAAGUCCUUUGGGGCCAAAUCCUUGGUGGACAAUCGUUGCUGCUGUUAUUCCAUCUUUGCUCUGUACAAUUUUGAUCUUUAUGGACCAGCAGAUUACAGCUGUCAUCAUCAAUAGAAAAGAGCACAAAUUAAAGAAAGGUUGCGGAUACCAUCUUGACCUGCUGAUGGUUGGAGUCAUGCUUGGCGUAUGUUCUAUCAUGGGUCUACCCUGGUUUGUUGCUGCCACUGUGCUUUCUAUUACUCAUGUGAAUAGUCUGAAACUGGAAUCUGAAUGUUCUGCUCCUGGAGAACAGCCAAAGUUUUUGGGAAUUCGUGAACAACGGGUUACUGGACUGAUGAUUUUUGUCCUUAUGGGAUCAUCUGUCUUUAUGACAAGGAUUCUUCAGUUUAUUCCUAUGCCUGUCCUUUAUGGAGUGUUUCUUUACAUGGGUGCUUCAUCGCUAAAGGGAAUUCAGUUCUUUGAUAGGCUAUUGCUCUUCUUCAUGCCACCGAAGCACCAGCCAGACUUUAUCUACCUACGGCAUGUUCCUCUCCGCAAGGUUCAUCUCUUCACUGUCAUCCAGUUAAGCUGCCUUGUGUUGUUGUGGGUGAUUAAAGCAUCCCGGGCUGCCAUUGUGUUUCCUAUGAUGGUCUUAGCAUUGGUAUUUAUAAGGAAACUAAUGGACUUUUUUUUCAAUAAACGAGAUCUGAGCUGGUUGGACGAUUUAAUGCCAGAGAGUAAAAAAAAGAAAUUGGAAGAUGCUGAAAAAGAGGAAGAACAAAGCAUUUUGGUGUUAGAAGAUGAAGGAACAGUUCAACUACCUAUGGAAGGGAACUGCAGAGAGGAUCCUUCUGUAAUAAACAUUUCAGAUGAAAUGGCAAAAACCUCUGUGUGGAAGACUUUGCUAAUAACCUCAGAGAAUUCAAAGACUAAGGAACCAAGCUUAUCUUCUAAAAGCUCCCCUUCCUAAUCACUGUAGAAGCUGAUCCCUAAAGUUCUGAAAACAAGAAAGACCAGAAAGCCUCCUCAGGGAAAGGGAUCGACAGGGAGACAUGUCUCUGACUUUGUCUUCACUUUCUUUUUACACGCAGAUGAGAAGAGUGCACCUGUUGAUCUUAUUUACACUGUAUACUGUAAAUUGUCACAUCUGUUAGCAGUGCAAUAUAUAAAAUUUUUUUUUUUAAAAGAAAAGCAUUAUUCCCAUCACUACAAGAUAAGUCAACAAUAUAAUGACAUUUUAAACACCUAUACAAUUUUCUUCUAUUAUCAAUUCUGCUUAGUUCUCUUAGCAUCCUUUAUUAAAGAGUAAUCCGAGGUGAUCUCAGGAUUGUGCAUGCGUUUUUAGCCAUCUGGGAGCUGUGUUAUAACAAUGCUCAUAGUGAUGUUAUACAUAGUUGCAAACUGAUGCCAUAUAAUACUAUAUACAUAUGCAUGUCACUAGGCUCCUAUCACCCAACCUAAGUUUACUAGGAUACUAAGAAAUCAUAGCAAAUUUACUAAUAGGAAAAAAUUGUAAAUUUGUUUAAAAUUGCAUACUCUAUCUAAAUCCUGAAUGUUUAACUUUGGCUUUAUUAUCAUUUUAAAACAUUUUUUUAGCUUAAUCAUGUAUGUUCUACACAGUUACUCAUUUGUAUUUUUUCACUUACAUAUAUUUAUACCAUUCAUAUCAAGAACAAUUCUGGAGGUAUGCUGGCAUAUUUAA